AUGCGGGUUGGUGCCCUGCCCGGGGUCUCGGGGCUCGGCAUUGAUGCGGUUGGCUACAUUCCUGGGAGGAUCUACGGCACGCGCAUUGGGCUCUGGGCUAUUGGACAUGCGGGCAGACGCAACGGCAGAGAGAAAGACCAAGACCAGGAUUCAGGAAGCAUCCCUACAUUCUUCGGGGAGGGCGGGGAAGACCACCCACCGGCGUGGAAUGGGGCUUUUUUCGAGAAAGAUACCUAA